AUGCCGGCGAAGCGGCUGCUGGAGGGCGGCGGCGGAGGGGACUCCCCGUCGCCGGCGCGUUCGCCAGCGCUGAAGAAGAGGUGUCGCUCCUUCGACCUAGAGAUCAGGGGAUGCAGGCAUCUGGAGGAGAUGGUCACCAACUGCGUGCAGAGGGUGGAGGCUGCGGUUGAGUCCGUGAUUGAGUCUGCCAUCAGCCGGAUACCAGAAGCGGUGACUAAAGCGAUUACAGGCUACUUAAGCCGUGCUCCUAGUUUGUGCAGAACGGUGGUUGACCAAAACCAGCCUCCAAGAUACAAGCUUAGGUUCCUGAAUGGCUUGAGUAAUGAAAUUUUCACAAAGAAGGGAAUCCGCGCAGCAAAUGGCGAUCCUCUCAAGAUAUGUCUGGAGGACAACAACCAACAAGAGAACAAUUCUCAUCGCCUUCUUUCUGCCAAGAUAAAAAUUGUUGUUCUCGAUGGCGACUUCAACAUAGAUAAUGAAGAUUGCUGGAUAUUAGAGAAUUUCAGCAGACAUAUCGUACGUCCACGGGACAAAAUUGGGGCAGUGCUGACGGGAGAGCUCGAGCUUAGCCUGAAGAAUGGCAAGGCUGAUCUCCGUGACGCUACUUUUAUUGAUAACUCCAAGUUCACGAGGAGUGGCAAGUUCAGGCUUGGGGUAAUGGUUGUUGACGAGCUUGGUGAACGGAUCCUAGAAGGGGUAACUGAACCUUUCACAGUAAAGGAUCGUCGCGGAGAAGGAUCCCAAAAGCAUGACAUUCCAUCAUUGGAUGAUGAUGUUUGGCGCCUGCAGAAAAUUUCAAAGGAUGGUGUCUUCCAUGAGGCACUCAAAGGGAGUGGCAUCUUUUCUGUGAAGGAUUUCUUGACGUCAUAUUACAAGGAUGAACAUACUCUCCGCAAAGUUCUCAAAAAGGCCACAAAGCUAGUAUGGACGACUAUUGUUGAUCAUGCUAAAAAGUGUGAUCCUGGAAAGGAGCUUUACUCUUUCAUCGUGGAAGGCCAUGAUGUUGUUCUGUUCUUCAACUGUUUCUAUAGGAUUGUUGGAGUCACAUCCAGUGACCAGUACACUCCCUUCAAGAACCUCGAUCAACGGAUGCAGGGGCGGGUGGAACAAUGGAGCAAAGUUGCAUAUGAAACUUGGACCAACCUUCAGCCUGAUUAUGUAAUGGAUAAUGGAAAACCAAGACCAAUCAACCAGAGUAUUUCCCAAGGGUCGAUCAUGCUGGAACCUAAAUUUAUGCAAGGACAUCAACAGAUGCUUUAUUGGCAUGAAAACUUAGAUUGUGCAGAGCGAAAUGUUCAUGAAGCUGAUGGUCAUCAAGGUACUUCAGGCAGUCAUCCCAAGCAGUGCACAUUAAAAAGGCUUGGAUCCAUACGAGUGACACCAAAUGAAGAAGAUGCGUCUUUUGACAUCAGUGUUUACCUUGGUUCUGGCUCCGAACAAUACCAUGGAAGCACCGCUGCAAAUGACAUACCCGGUUCAGUCACGCUCCAUUGCCCCGCUGCAGAUGAAUUUUCAGGAUCCGUGUUAUUAAAGCAAGCAUCCUUGACAAUGGUCGAUGAGGACUAUGACAUACCUUUUGUAACCAGUGAUGCUUCACUCCAUCUGUUUGAUGUGUCUGCUUUAGGCGCUUUCACAGAUGAGCCUAUUUACUCGAGGCAUGUCAGCUUCAGAGAGAGCGACUGUCACGAGAUGCUAGCAUUGGGAGCAGAACCAUCUGUUUGA